AUGAAUGCAGGACAUGGGGGUGUUCUAUUGCAGCGUUUCCUGUUCAUUCACAGUCAGGCGUUGAAACAAACCCACAUGAAACAACUAAGUCCAGUACAGCAUUCGUCAGUUGUAGUGCAGCUUUCAGUGAAGUCCAGGCAUGACUCAGAAGGUUUGACUGACGGUACAUUUGAUGGCACCGUGGACGGCUCUCUCGACGGUACAGUUGAUGGCAUCAAAGAAGGGUCGCUUGAGGGGACAGAUGAAGGCAACAGAGAAGGCUCGCUAGACAAGACGGGCGAUGGCAACAUGGAAGGCUCUCUCGACGGUACAGUUGAUGGCGUCAAAGAAGGCUUGCUUGUGGGCAGUGCGGAGGGAAACGACGUAGGAGAAUUGGUAAUACUGAAACCGAAGAAGCCAUAA